AUGAAGCUUCUAAAGGGGCAGAAAGGGGAUGCGGAAGCAUUUUUUGAUGAAGUUGCAAGCAUGAGCAAGACUACUCAUGGCAAUGUUGUCAGCCUCUUGGGAUUUCGUUUUGAAGGAAUCGGAAGAGCUUUGGUUUAUGUGUUCAUGCCCAAUGGAUCCCUCAGAAAGUUUAUAUUUGGUGGGAGUAACACUUCGGAGAGAGGCAAAACCUACUACUCACUUCUCAGUCAGUCCUCACUCACUUCCCUCACUUCACACCACUCUCUCUCUCUCUCUCUCUCUCUCUAUCUGACACCUCCUCCGCCGCAGCACCAGAAUGUCGCCGCCUCUUCGCCUGAAGAAGCUCGCCUCCUCCUCCUCGUCCUCCUCCUCCACUUCUCUUCCCUCCAACCUUCCACCGCCAACCCGGACGCCGAGCCCCUCCUGGCCUUCAGAGCCGCCUCCGACGCCGCCGGCGACAAGCUCCUCAACUGGAACUCCUCCGCCGACGUCUGCUCCUGGGUCGGCGUCUCCUGCCUCCACGGCCGCGUCUCCCGCCUCGUCCUCGAGGGCCUCGGCCUCCGCGGCUCUGUCCAGCCCCUCGCCUCCCUCUCCCAGCUCCGCGUCCUCAGCCUCAAGCGCAACGGCUUCUCCGGCCGGGUCCCGGAUCUGUCCAACCUCACGACCCUGAAGCUCCUCUUCCUCUCCCACAACGGCUUCUCCGGCGAGUUCCCGGCCUCCGUGCCGUCCCUCUCGAGGCUCUACCGGCUCGAUCUGUCGUUCAACAACUUCUCGGGCCAGGUCCCGGCGGCGCUCAACGGGUUGACCCACCUGCUGACCCUGAGGCUCGAGGGGAACGGCUUCUCGGGCCCCAUUUCGGGGCUGGACCUCCCGAACCUCCAGGAGUUCAACAUCUCCCGCAACAGGCUCGCCGGCGAAGUGCCCAAGUCGCUGUCGAGGUUCCCCGAGUCCGCAUUUGCAGAGAACUCGGCUCUGUGUGGGUACCCACUCAAGAAAUGCGAUGCCGCCGCCGGCGACCCGACUCGACCCGGAUCCGGCGGGGCCAUCGCGACCCCAUUGAGCCCGAGCGCGAAGCCCAACACCGUGGCCUCAUCCCCGAGCUCCUUGCCCGUGACCGCGACGCCGGCCGCGGCCUCGUCGAGCGCUCGCCACUCCGGCGGCGCGUCCCACAUCAAGCCUGCGGCCUUGAUCGCCAUCAUAGUCGGCGACGCCCUAGUGCUCGCGGCAAUCUCUCUCCUGCUCUACUGCUACUUCUGGAGGAGCUACGUCGGCGAGAAGAAGAACUCGAAGCUCCUGGAGAGCGAGAAGAUCGUGUAUUCGUCAAGCCCGUACCCGGCCGCCGCCGCCGCCGCCGCCGCGGCAGCCAACAACCCCGGCGGGUACGAGAGAGGGAGGAUGGUGUUCUUCGAGGGGGUGAAGCGGUUCGAGCUGGAGGACCUGCUGCGGGCGUCGGCGGAGAUGCUGGGGAAGGGCGGGUUCGGGACGGCGUACAAGGCGGUGCUGGACGACGGGAACGUGGUGGCGGUGAAGCGGCUGAAGGACGCGAGCGUCGGGGGGAGGCGGGAGUUCGAGCAGCACAUGGAGGUGCUGGGGCGGCUGAGCCACCCCAACGUGGUCAGCCUGCGGGCCUACUACUUCGCGCGGGAGGAGAAGCUGCUGGUCUACGACUACAUGGCGAACGGGAGCUUGUUCUGGCUCCUCCACGGCAACCGGGGUGUAGGCAGGACGCCGCUGGACUGGACCACCCGCCUCAAGCUCGCGGUGGGGGCGGCCCGUGGCCUGGCCUUCAUCCACAGCUCGUGCAAGUCCCUCAAGCUCAUCCAUGGCAAUGUCAAGUCCACCAACAUCCUCAUCGACCACGCUGGGAACGCCCGUGUCUCAGACUACGGCCUCUCCAUCUUCGCCUCUCCUGCCGCUGCUCCCCGGCCCAAUGGCUACCGCGCGCCUGAGGUGGCGGACGGCAACCGUGGCGGCGGUGGUGUUGGGAAGAUCACACAGAAGUCGGACGUAUACUCAUUCGGGGUCGUCCUCCUGGAGCUGCUGACUGGGAAGUGCCCGUCCGUGCCAGACCACGGGAGCGGGGCUGAGUAUGGCAGUGGGGCCGGGGGCGGAGUCCUGGACCUCCCACGGUGGGUCCAGUCGGUAGUGAGGGAGGAGUGGACGGCGGAGGUGUUCGAUCUGGAGCUGAUGAGGUACAAGGACAUCGAGGAGGAGAUGGUGGGGCUGCUCCAGAUCGCAAUGGCCUGCACCUGCGCCUCCCCUGACCAGCGGCCAAGGAUGGGUUACGUGGUCCAGAUGAUCGAGGAGAUCCGCGGGGCUGACGAGGAGUCGUCCUCCCCGUGCCACGACAACCUUGAGUCUGUCUCCGACUCACCGUCAAUGUCGGAAGGCACAUGCGGGACGAGCCAGUGAUCCGAUCUUUACCAGAAAUACUUUCAUUCGAUUUCGUGGAACUCCCCCGUAGUCCUGUAAUUACCAAGGCAUCAUCUGCUUUUUCUUUUUUCCUCUUUUUUCUGUUUCUUUUUUUCCAUCUUUUCAUUUGUUCAUGAUGAGGAGGGAUUGAGAAUCAUUUGUGCUUAAUGAAGUGGUCUUCAUUGCAUUCGUUUCUGACAA